AUGGGUACCACCGUUCAUUCGGAGAUUCAAGAUGCUUCAGUGAAAAUACGGAGAGUUCGACUAGAGAAUGCAGGGUGCUCACCAGACUGGGGCGCUGGCCAUGAACGAAGACGGAACGCGAAUGGAAGAGCCAAAGCCCUCGUUCUCGGCGACACCAAAUUCAAAUGGAGGCCCGCCAAGGCCGUCGACACGGUUCGCAAUACGGUAGACGAUUCCUACGAGGACGGCCCGAUGAGGGAUGAUGUUAGGCCUUUCGAACAGGUUCAGUAUUACGGCGCGGUCUACAGAUGCCGGUAUGUCUUUAUCAUCACGGAGGAGGAGCUCGUGGUUAUGCAACUCCAUCUAGCCCCUGACCCCGUUCGAACUUCGCCCAGACCGGUGCGAACCCGGCCACCACCACCCGCGCACCAACGGGGUCUAUCCUCCUCGACCAUUUCAGGGCAGCCCACGGAUAUGUCGGUUGAUGAAUCUGACCUGAAACCUCGGAUUGGACUCGUGAAGUACAAGAGUAUCCCGUGGAGUGCUGAAGCCGGUCUUACCAUUAAAUUAGCGCUUUACUGUCUGAUUCGCUUGGCAGAUGAAGAUGGGAAUGACCUCAAGGUCGAAUACCCUCCCCUGACUGGUAACUCGAUGCGAAGCACGUGA